AUGAAAAACCAAACCUCAAUAACAACCUUCAUCUUGCUGGGGUUGACAGAUGACAUUCGACUGAAAAUUUUGCUCUUCAUUUUUCUAUUUCUGUCCUACAUUGUGAGUAUAUCUGGAAACUUAAGCAUCAUCACCCUCACUCUGAUUGAUUCACACCUUAAAACACCUAUGUAUCUAUUCCUCCAAAAUUUCUCCUUAGAGAUUUCAUUCACAACUGCUUGUAUUCCCAGAUUCCUGUACAGCAUAUCAUCUGGGGAUAAGUCCAUCACCUAUACUGCUUGUGCCAGUCAACUGUUGUUUACAGACCUCUUUGCAGUGACAGAAUUUUUCCUCCUGGCCAUCAUGUCCUAUGAUCGCUAUGUGGCCAUCUGCAAACCCCUACAUUACACAACCAUCAUUAGCAGUAGAGUCUGCAAGAACUUCAUCCUUUUCUGUUGGGUGGCAGCACUGAUCAUCAUACUCCCACCACUUAUUCUGGGCUUAGAACUGGAAUUCUGUGACUCUAAUAUCAUUGAUCACUUUUGCUGUGAUGCUUCUCCUAUCCUGAAGAUCUCUUGCUCAGACACAUGGCUGAUGGAGCAGAUGGUUAUUGUGUGUGCUGUGUUGACCUUCAUCAUCACCCUCAUGUGUGUAGUUCUUUCCUACAUUUAUAUCAUUAGUACUAUUCCAAGGUUUCCCUCUGCCCUGCAAAGGAAGAAGGCCUUCUCUACCUGUUCUUCCCACAUGAUUGUUGUUUCCAUCACUUAUGGUAGCUGCAUCUUCAUUUAUGUCAAACCUUCUGCCAAGGGUGAAGUAGCUAUUAACAAAAGAAUUUCACUCCUUAUUACUUCUAUCUCACCCAUGUUGAAUCCCUUUAUUUACACACUGAGAAACAAGCAAGUGAAGCAAGCAUUUCUCCACUCAGUUAAAAACAUUGCAUUCCGCUCAAAGAUAUAG